CCGGCGCUGCUGCACUGCCGCCCCCGCCCCGCCCCGGUGCCAGGGCGCGCCAUGGCCGUGGCUCCCGCGGCGGAGGGGGCCGGGGCGAGGCGGCCGCGGGUCGCCCCGUGCCUGACAGGAAGCCAGGCGGCCCGGCGCCCUGGCGCUGCGCGGGUGGGCUCGGCCCUCGCCUUCCCUUCCGCCCCGGGCCGCGCUCCGCCCGCCGGCUGGCGGCGGCCCCUCAGGUGUGCGCGGCGGGGCGCGGAGCGGGGCGGCGCUCCCCUCGCCCUCCGGCCCGGCCGCCGCAGCUGCACGGCGGGCCUGUCACGUGGGGCGGCGGCGGCGGAGCGGCGGCGGCGCUGCGGUCUGUCCUCUUCCACCUGCCCCGGAGCGGGCAGCGCGGAGCGGCCAUGGGGCUGCGGCGCCAGGCGGCCGCGCCACUCCCGGCCCCCCGGCCUGCGGGGGCACCGCGGGCUGGCCGAGCCGCCGGCUCCCGCGGCUCCGCGUAGAGGCGAGGCGGGCGCGGAGCUUCCCCGGAGCUGCCGUGGUUCCCCCCGCGCUGAAGGGCAGGCGGCGGCGACCCGCCAUGGAGAAGGCAGCGGCCGCGGAGCUCCGGCAGGGCGCGCUGGUGCCGCUCACCGCCAUCUGCCUGGUGAACCUCUUCCUGACCGGUAAAACAGAAAGUGCUGUUACCUCAUUAGCUCCUUGCAGUGGAAAACUGGAACAGCACACAGAGAGACGGGGAGUCAUCUAUAGUCCUUCUUGGCCAUUGAACUACCCUCCAGCUGUAAACUGCAGCUGGGACAUUCAAGGAGAUCGUGGAGACAUGAUAACGAUAAGUUUUAAGAACUUUGAUUUGGAAGACUCUCAUAAGUGUGCAGUGGACUGGUUGAUGAUUGGCCCGUCUUCCAAGAGGGAGGAGUACAAAGUGUGUGGAUCUUCCAUACCUCCAUCUUUCAUCUCUGCAAGGGAGCACGUUUGGAUAUUUUUUCACUCAGAUGCAUCAAGCUCAGGACAGGCUCAGGGAUUUCGCCUUUCUUAUAUUAGAGGAAAGAUAGGUCAGGCUGUAUGCCAGUCAGAUGAAUUCCGUUGUGCAAAUGGCAAGUGUAUUCCCAGUACUUGGAAGUGUAAUUACAUGGAUGAGUGUGGUGAUAACUCAGACGAGAGAAACUGCACUGUCCCUCCAACAGAGCCUCCAUCCAGUAUCUGUCCCUCAGGAAUGUUCCAGUGCAGCGCAGCCCGCUCCACCAAGUGCUUGAUGAACGAGCUGAGAUGUAAUUCCGUUAAGGACUGCAGUGAUGGUUCGGAUGAAGAUAAUUGCCCUGAUCUUUCCUGUGGCAAAAGGCUGGGUAAUUUUUAUGGAUCUUUUGCUUCCCCAGACUUGUUCCGUGCUGAUCACAGCAGAUCAGACCUUCGUUGCACAUGGUACGUGGACACCCAAGAUAAUCGACAUGUUCUGUUGCAGCUUGAUUUGCAGUUAGGCUACAAUGACUAUGUAAAGGUGUAUGAUGGCAUCGGAGAGAGAGGUGAUAAAUUAAUGCAAACAUUUUCAUACCACAACAAUAGGCAUUCGGUGAGCGUGGAGUCAUCAAAGGGCCAGCUCACUGUCUCAUAUCAUGCACGCUCCAAGAGCACUGGCCAUGGGUUUAAUGCAACCUACCAGGUGAAAGGCUAUUGCCUUCCUUGGGAACACCCUUGUGGAAGCGAUGAGGAGUGUUUCACAGAUAAGCAGCAUUGUGAUGGCUGGUGGCACUGUCCAAAUGGCAAGGACGAGGAGAACUGUCCUGCUUGCCAGAAGAACGAAUACCCAUGUGAAGGAAACAGUGGGCUUUGUUACUCAAUACUUGACCGCUGUAAUAACCAAAAGAACUGCCCAGAUGGCUCGGAUGAAAAAAACUGCUUCACUUGCCAGCCAGGAAACUUCCAUUGUGGUACAAAUCUGUGCAUCUUUGAGACUUGGCGCUGUGAUGGCCAAGAAGACUGCCAGGAUGGAAGCGAUGAACACAACUGCCUGGUGAUCGUUCCCAGGAAGGUCAUCACAGCUGCUCUGAUCGGGAGUCUUGUGUGCGGCUUGCUGCUGGUGAUAGCGCUGGGCUGUGCAUUUAAAUUAUAUUCUCUGAGGACCAGGGAAUACAGAGCGUUUGAGACCCAGAUGACGCGGCUGGAGGCAGAGUUUGUGCGGCGGGAAGCUCCACCGUCCUACGGGCAGCUGAUUGCACAAGGACUUAUCCCCCCGGUUGAAGACUUCCCUGUGUACAAUGCAUCACAAGCUUCUGUGCUGCAGAACAUUCGAACAGCCAUGAGGAGGCAGAUGAGGCGACAUUCAUCAAGACGGAGCUCGUCUCGGCGGCGCUUGGGCAGGCUCUGGAACAGACUCUUCCACAGACCUCGGGUGAGAGGACAGAUCCCGCUCCUGACGCCCGCUCGCACUUCACAGACUACACUGGGUGAUGGAAUCAUCAACCAUGCUGAUGGGACUACUCGGAGUCCUCCGCCUUCUCCUGAAGGACCUAGUUUAGAGGCAGGUUCCCAUGGCCAAGCCAGGGGCCUACAAGAACCUGGGUGUAGCAGCUUGCAGCCAGAGACUGAAAUCACAGAGCUGUCACCUUCAAAUGUCUUACCGAAUACUUGCACAGCUGCACAUGCAGAGCCUGAGGCUGGACACACUGAUAAAUCUUUAGGUGCUGAGACCUCUGGCAGUGAGCCCAAGCAGUCCAGUAAUGUGGAUUCAGGAAAGACUUUCAGAGAUCCUUUGUCUGAAAGUGCUACAGAAACAAUCCAUGGAGGGUCAGCACCCAGGAGAACUGUCCCAGAGGGCAGUAGUUUAAGUAGAAGUCAUCCGCUGAGUGAAGAGCCGUGUAGGUUACCCUUAAAAAAAUGGGAGUCUGCUUGUCCAGACAGCCCUGUGAAUGUUCAUAUCCAAGUGGAUGGACAAAACCGAUGUUGCCCUAACUCAUACCGGGAGGAGCCUUUGGGUGUUCAUGCAGCUUGUUGCCAUUCCGUGGAAGUGCCAAUGUUAGAGUCCUCUACUCCCCUCUCUGAAAUCAGUACCAGUGAUGAUGAAUCUUUACUUGUUUGCUAAUAAAAAUUUUUGGUUUGGCCCUGUAAAUUUUGUAACUUCGUUGUUUAUAUGACAGUGCACUUCGAUGAUAGGUGGUGUGCCUGUGCUCUCGACUUUGGCUCUUCAAACCAGUGCGCUUUAAUCCCCUGGGGAGUACAGCACAAGACUAAAUGGGACAAGUUUUUGUCUUCCUUGUUAUUCCUGAAACUCCAGUGGGGCAGAAGUAGGCCAGUAUGCAAUGUCAGGGGCUAGGAGAGGGCAGUUUGGAAGCAUCUGCAUCCUCUGGUAUUUCCUCUGUGCAUUUAUUUACUCUGCAUUCAGGGAAUUGGUGUUUCUUUUCUUUUCAAGUGGUCUUACUGAAACUAGAGAGAACUCUGUUGAGACCUGGGGCAGGCAGCAGUCAUUGCAACCAUGAGUACUAAAGUAGAAAUAACAUUUUUGUCUUUUUAGGCAUCAUAAUUUAAUUAAAAUUCAAUCAUUUCAAUCACAAAUACUUAAAAGGAAAUAAAAUCCUUUCUAGCUUCCUCUUCACAGAAAUUGUUCGCUUCCUUUGCUUCCUUCAGAAAUGUUUUGACGGCCAUGUGUACCUUGAGGUAUCCACUAAAACCAAAGCUGCUGUGUAGAAUACCCAGAGUGACACCAGGUGUCCUAUUUGCUGCAGCUUUGUAAUCAGAGGUGAGCAGUGUUGAGGAUAAGCAGUGUGCAUUGAAACCCACAUGCAGCAAUAUUUCUUGUUUCUGUUGUCAUAUGUUACACUCUUUUCACAGUGAUGUUUUGAAGGUUGAAGAACUGUUUGCUUUCUCCCUACCCUUCUUUUGCCCUCCUCCCUUCUGUUUUCAGGGACUUUUAUGAUCCUACUACUUUGGCUGUGCCCUGAUGGGUACUGAGGCUUCACAGCUCCCCUUGGCUGCAGUAGGAAACACUGAGCACUUGGUGACUGUCAGGAUCAGACUUCUAUUUGAUUUGAAAUAAAAUCUGCUUCACUUUGCUUGUAAAUCUGCUACCUAGGUGCUGACGUAGAAAUCUUUUAAGUUUUCUUUAUUUUUAGAGAUUUUGUUUGCUUUUUUAUGUUAAGAACUGAAAUAGAUUAGUGCCAUUUUCAAAGUCGGCACUGUGUGGAUUGUACAACCCUAAAUGUAAACUGAUGCCUUUUUGGUUUUUAGAGCAUCAUUAACAGCAAGCAAGUUAUUUACCUGGAGGAAGGUGACAUUGCUUAACCAGGGGUGACCUGGUGCAGAAUGCCAGAGCGUCGCGGUGUGACGGCUCGGCCCUGCCGCAGUGGCCGGGGUGUUGGCCAGGCUCCCCCAUGCUCCAACAAGAGCUCUGACUCAGUUCCUCUCUGAUGCAGUGACAAACUAAAACUUUUUACAUAGGAAUUAACAAGGAAGUUAAUCCUUUUGCUCUUUAAACACCUGAGUGCUCUGAAGCCUGGUUUUUGCUGUAGGAUUUCGAGUUGCCCAAAGGUAUUAACUGAAUGUGUAAAAUCGAGGUGGGUCUGGGCUCUGCUGUCCACUGGACCCUUCUGGCUGCCAAGGCAACAGGCUUUCACAGCCAACAGUUCUGUUUACAUCAGAGUGUCCAAGACUUCUUUUCUUGAAAUGGGCUAUGUUUUGCCCUGGAUCUUUUACUGGGACUCUCUUUGGGGCAGUGCCUUAAAAAGAACAAGGAACGGGACUUCGGCUUUACUGAAAUGUAAUGUGGAAUAAUUAAAUUGAAGUAAUACAUUUUUUUUGUCCUCUUCAAAUUGAUUUCAUACUGUGCAUUCCAGGGCCAGAAGAUUCAAACUCCUUAAGGGCAUGAAUAGCAGGAAGGGCUUGUAGCAAAAUGCAUAAGAAAGAGUCGUAGUUACGUUAAUUAAAUACUGCUCACUGAUUUUCUCCAAGUGCUUUUGUGAUCAGAAUUAGUUUCUUCAAAGGAAAUGUAGUUUUGAAAGAGAUCUUGCUUUUAUAGCAUCCAUACACAUUUUAGGUAUAUUCCUCCUUUGCGAGACUGCGUACCGUAGUCAUGACACUGCCAGGGUUGUUGUUUGCAUCUAAGGCUACAGGUUUUAGGGUCCUUUUUGGAGGGUCUAAAGGUAAUUUUAAAGAGAAUUGUAUGUCUAAAGUAGUUAAUUAUAAUUGGGAAGAAGACUAUUAUUUCAAGGUUAAUAUUGUGCAGAUAUAAAGGACCUUAGAAAUAAGUCCGUAUUUAAUUCUGUCGCAGAAGAGUAUUACUAUAAUAAUGUUGAUCAUACUAUGCCUUAAACUAUGACCACUGUAAGGCUCUUAAAGUUGAAAUAUACAUACUUCAGAAUACUGCUCUAUUUUGGGAACAACUCUGAACAACAGCUAACACUCUAUUUUAUUUUAAGAUGUGUAGCUUCACAUCUUCUCUUACAUAUAUAUAUUUUGUGUACUGAUCUGUUCAGUAAUUCAGUGGAAAUUUCAUUGAGAAGUUUUUGGUGGGUUUUUUUAGACACUUUAAAAAAUCCAGGUUAAUGAAAAUGUGAUGUUUGAAGUGUACAGAAACGUUCACAGCCCUCACUGCUGGAAUUUGUAGCCUUACAGUGUGGCUGAUGCUCUUCGUAAGCACUUAAGUUUUGAUUUCUGCAAGACAGGAUUCUCUCCCGGCUCCCCCAGCUCAUUCCUUGGAGGGAAGAGGCACAAAUGUACCGUCAAUUUUGCAGAAGAAAUCUCAGUGUCUGCGCUGUGAGCACAAACAGGUGUGUUGCGGUGUCCUGGAGUGUCAACACCCGAAGAAACCACAAGGUCUGCCCUGGUGCAUGGCUGCCUGGCCCCCAGCUCCUGUCAGCAUUUAGCGGUGAAUCAACCAUCCUCCAAGACACCCGAGUUCUGGUCAUGUAAGGCUCCUCGUGUUCAGAGCUUCCUAACAUUUGGAAAACACAAAAAAGGUGAAAAACUGCCACUAUGCCAGACAUGUGAACAAGAAGAGCUCAUGGUUACAUGUCUUUGCUCAGUGGAAAACACCACACUCUAGUGACUAUACAACCUAACAUUAGUCAGCUAAUAAACUUGUUAGAAUUUUUAUUAUUUUAAUAAUGUUUUUCUGCACUCUUUAAAGAUUUUUAUAGACAGAAGGGAAACCAAGUAUUUCAGAUAGUUUUGUGGGUUUUGGCGGUGGUGGCUAUUUGUCGUUAUUGUCGGGUUGGUUGGUUUGUUUUUAAGAUACAAAGCUCCACUGCACAAGCAGCCAAAAAAAAAUGCUAAAAAAUCUCUGAAUAGGGAAGAAUGCCUGUGCUGGGUUAAGAAUGAUGGAAACUGAUAGGCAGCAUUAAGGGGAAGGACCCCAUUAUGUUUUCUCUUACUGCUGUUAAAACACGAGGAAUAUUUCUGUUUGCAAUUCUGGCACCUUCCGGCUUGUGUGUCCCUCUGUAAUAUCCCUUAAAUGUACUUGUUUUCUUUUUCUGUCCUCUGCUUUUUUUUCUUUUUAAUUUUUAUGUUGUAUAUAUUUAUUUAGGUAUAACAUUUUACCGUAACAUAUGUACAGAUACAUGGUUCAGGUAUGGCAUCAUUGUUGCCGGUGCCUGCUGGUUUCUGGACAAUGAUACUAAGCAAGUAAGAUGCUGGGCAUCGUCAUACUUUGCUCGUGCUUUGGAUCUCUUCAUUUUUAAUAAAACUUCAUGUGCCCGGA